AUGUUUAAUGGAGUUAUAAAGAUGGAUGAUGGUAAUAAGAAUAUUGAAAUAUUUUCUUUAUUAUCAAAAAGAGGAAAAAGAUUAUUAGAAACUAAUGAUAAUCUAAUAAAAAAUCCUAUAAUUGAGAUAAUAAAAAAAAAUAGAAAAAAUAGAAUAGAAAAAGAAGGAAAAAAAUGUUUUGUCUCCAGAAGUAAAUCUCUUUUUGGGUAUAAAACUGAACUAAUUAAAAACAAGAUACUUGAAGCAAAAGAGACAUUUUUUCUUGAUCCAGCAAUUCUUACACACUAUCCCCCUUCACCUACAGGAAUGGAAUCAAUAAAAGUUUCUUGUGCCAAUUUUAUUUGUAGUCAUCUUUCAUGUAAUAUAUCACCAAAACAAUUAAUUAUUACUCCUGGUACAACAGCAACUUUAGAUAUGUUAGCUUUUACUCUUUUUGAUCCAUCUGAUUGUAUAUUAUGUCCAGCUCCCUACAUUAAUAAAUAUCAUGAAAUAUUUGCUAUCAAAAAUAAUAUCAAUCUUAUACCUAUUUAUUUUGAAGACAUAAAUACCCCAAAAUUAUCACGUAGUCAAUUUGAAUCAACAUAUUUAAAAUGUAAAAAAGUUAAAGGAAUAUUAAUAUCUAAUCCACAUAAUCCAACUGGGAGUAUCUUUUCCUCUGAACAAAUAAGAGAAAUAAUACAAUUUUCAGAAGAUAAAAAGAUACUCCUUAUCAUGGAUGAGGCAACCUCAUUUAGUAUAUAUGAUAAUGAUGGUAAAGAAAAAUUUAAUACAAUUCUUAAAGAUAUUGAAAGAUUUAAAAAAUAUAAAAAUAUUUUUUGGACAUGGAGUUUUAGUAAAGAUAUGUUAUUACCUGGUCUUAGAUUUUCAUUAGUAUAUAUGGAAGAUGAAAAAACAUUUGAAUGUAUGGAUAAAUUAUCAUCAUACUAUACUGUAAAUGGUUUAACACAAAAUUUUGCUGAAGAAUUUCUCCACGACAAACAAUGGUUUGAUGAAUUACAAAAAACAAAAAAUGAAGAAUUAUCAUCUAACAGAGAGAUGGCUAUGACAAUUUUAAGAAACUUAAAAAUACCUUUUGUAAAACCAUUAGGUGGAUUUUUGAUAUAUUUUGAUUUAACACAUAUUGAUCAAAAUAUUUUAAUAAAAUUUCUUGAAAAUAAUAUACAUUUUGAACAUGUAGGUGGUAAGGAUCAUGAUGGCUACAAAAAAGGAUGGUUUGCUAUAAAUUUGUGUCAAAAAAGGCAACACCUAUAUGAUGUAUUAGAAAAAAUGGGAAAUAUAAUAAAAGAAUAUAAUGAAAAAAGAUUUCUACAAAAAGAACGUUCAAUAUCAAAUGUUGUGGCGGAUGAUGUCAUUAAACAGGUUCUUGAUUUUCUUAAUCACCCUAAAGAUAAUGAUAAUGAAAUUGUUAGAAAAACAUCUGAAACUAUUAAUAAUUGUCAAUUAUUUUUUGAUGAGAGUAAAAAUUAUAAUAAAUAUGAAAAAAAUUUUAUUGAACAUAUCGUUAAUGAAUGCCAUUUAUCAGAUAGAGAAUCUAUGAAUCCUUUAAUUCAAUUAAAUGUUAAUGAAGAAAAGAGAAUAUCAACAAAUUUCAAUGCCAGAUCCCAGCAAAAGGAUAAUAUUUUGUUACAAUCACCUACUACUAAUCAAAAAAAAUAUAUUGUUAAUGAAAAUGAUACAUCACCCGAUUUUAUAGGUGAGAUGGUAGUUGGAGAGCCUUCAAAAAUACAUGGUCAAUCACAUAUUAUAAAUUAUGAUGGUGUUGAUAAUAAUUUAAGAUGUUCCAAGGUAAAUUGUCCAAUUUGUGAAAUAGAAAAAAAGAAAGAAAAUGUUGAUGAUAAAGUAAAUAAAAAUGUUAAUCCAGUUGAUUUAGAAGAAGUAUUUCAAAUAAAGUUAAAUGAAAGAAUUGAUAAUAUUAAAAAUGAUUGGAUAUCUGAUAUGUUUAGAAAAAAUUGUCGAAGAAGAAGUAAAAGUUAUGAUAUUACUAAUGAUAGAAGUAUAACAAAAAUUGAUGAAGAGAUGAUUUGUCGAGAUGAUGAUAAUUAUUAUGAUAAUAUAAUACCAGAAAAUAUUACUAUUACUAAACAUGAUAAUAAUAGUGAGGGAGAAUUUAAUUAUCAACAGUCCAAUGAAACAGAAGUACAUUUAAAUGAUAACAAGGUUAACCCAAGAAAUACCAUAAAAAUGAAUGAUGAUGAUAUGAUUUAUAUAGACAGUAUCGUGAAAAGACAAGUUUUACCUAAUGACAAAGUAGAAAAUAAUAAUAAAAAGGAUAGUAAACUGUUACCAAAUCAAAUACCGUUACAAGUUAUUUUUAAUCAACCAAAAUCAGAAAAAAUUGUUACAAAAGAAUUAAAGAAUAAUGAGAGUAUAAUUAAUGAUGUUAAAAAAACAAUAAUCAAAGAACAGAAAAUAAAAGAGAAUGACUAUGAUAUUAAUAAAGAUGAAAAAUCUAUAGUAAACGAUAUUGAAAAAUCUGAACUAGGAAAAAUGAAGGAGAUCAAAAGUACAGUUAUUAGAAAAGAAGAUAACUUUAUGAAACUAGAUUCAGAUAUACAAGCUAUCGAUUCAAUUAGUGAUAUUGUCAUUGAGGAUGGUGAUAUAAUUAUUGUUGAGGAAAAAAAAACAAUAAUAGAGGGUGGUGAUAGCGGUAGUGAUAAAAAUUCAUUACUUUUAGAUUAUAUUUUUUCUACUAAUAAUAAUAUUACAGAUAAUUUUGCUCAAAAUAAUAAGAAAUCUGAAAAUAUUUCUUCAUCAGAAGGUAGGAAAAUUAUUGAAAGUGAAAAAUUAAAUAGUUAUACUGUUAGAAGUAUAGAUAAUACUAAAUCAGAAAUGAUGGGAAAUAAUAACAAUAUAAAUUUAAAUCAAAUUUUUUUAAAUGAUGGUGAUCAAAAAGAAUUCAAAGAUAAAGUAUUUGAUAAUUUAUAUAUUUUAACAAAAAAUGAUACAUGCAAUGAUAGAAUAGAUAUUCCAUCAGCAGCUACAAUAACAUUUUGUAGAGCAGAAACAAAUAUAGAAUCUCCUUUUGAUCACCAGAUAAAAAAAAAAUCUAAUAGUCAUUCACAAUUAAUUGAACCAACAAAAGUAAAUUUUUUGUCAACAGAAGAGUUAAAUGUUAAUGAAGAUGGAACAAAAAUUUAUACAGAAUCAUCAUAUGAUACAGAAAUGAAUUUAAAAAAAGAUGAAGAUAUAGAUAAAGCAUCAAUACAUUUUGAAGAUUAUUUAAAUGAACAUAUAUAUAUAACACUUGAUAAUACCAAAAUUAAUGAUGAAGUUUUUAUGGGAAUUAUGAAGAAUAAAUUUAAUGAUUAUCAUGAUAAUAAUAUAAGUAAACAACCAUUAACAAUAACUGAUGGUGAUUCAAAUGACUCUUUUAGUUACAUUAAAAUUCCUGAUAAUACAAAUAAAACUAAUAAAAUUAGUGAAGAAAUAAAAAUUGAUAAUGAAGAAAGUGUUAAAAAAUAUAAUCCUAUUGAUUUAAAUUUAAUUUUUAUAAAAUCAAAAUCUAUUAAUGAAAAUCCUUCAUAUAUUAUUGAUGAUGAGGAAGAAAAAGAUAUAAAUAAUAAAAAUGAAACAUAUGGAGAAGAAAAUGAACCUUUAUUUGAUGGUUCAUUUUCAAGUUCAGUUGGUGGUAGAAGAUAUCUAAGUCAUGAAUAUAGAAAAGUUAGUUCAUAUCAUGUACCACAUUCAGGUGUUGAAAAAAAAAUUCAAAAAAAGAAUACUCCUUUUGAUGGGUAUGGUAUGACAGAUGAUGGUAAAAGUUGUGAUAGUGGUUUUACAGGUGAUAAAAUUGAUAAUGAUCUUGAAAUAAAAAAAACUGAUGAAAAUUAUGAAAAUAAAUGUACUUGGAAUAAUGAUAUUGAAAAAGAAGAUUUAAAAAGAAGUAUAUCAUUAAAAAAUAAUGUUAGACGAUUAUCAAAUGAAAGUGAUAAUAGUAAUGAAAGAAAUAAAGAAUGGAUUCAAGAUUGGGAAAGAACAAAUUCUUUUAAAGAUAUGAACAAAAAUGAACCUCGUGAACGUGGUACUAGUUUUACUGAAGUUACAGUUGAUUUAAGUGAUAUAAUAGGUAUAAGUAUUAAAGAAAAUAAUAGUGAUUUAGGAGAUAGUGCUUAUUUAUCAAUGUCACCAGAACUACGAAAGAAAGAUAAAAGAGAUUCUGGAUAUUGUAGAGAUUCAGUUUUAAGUUCAGACACAAGAAAAUCAUAUACACCUAGAAGAUUAUCUUACUCUUAUGAUAUAACAGGUGAUGGAACAAUAACAACACCCAAUGAACCAACAAUAUUUUUAAGAGAAUGUAAAAAAGAUAAUAAAUAUAAUGGUAUAAUUCCAAAUGAAUGGAAUUUAACAAAUGAAAUAAUUGAAACAAAUAAUAAAAAUAAACAAAAAUAUAUUGAAUAUAUGGUAACUAAAAAUGAAUAUAAAUCAAUUCCAUUACCAGAAAAUUAUGAAGUAACAAAUGAUAUUUUAUUAGAAGUAAGAUUAAUUCAAAGACAACAAGGUUCAGCUGUAGGAUAUUAUUAUCCACCAAAAAAAGAUACCAAAACAUAUGUAACAGAACUUCAUUUAUUACCAACACCUGAUUAUAAUUUUUAUUCAACAGAACUUCAUAUUCCUAGAGAAGAAAUUUAUAUAAAUAAUAAUACAAAUAAUAAAAAAGAAGUUGACUACAUUCAUCCUGAGACAAAUGCUAAACAUUUUAUAAUCAAAAGUUUUCAAAAAUCACCAAUAAAAACAAGGAGAAUUACAGCAAAACCACUAAAAUUUGAAAAUAAUUAUAUAGAUGGUAAAGAUGGUAUAACAAUAACUUAUGAAAUUUUUAAGAAAACUGAUGAUGAUAUUAGUAAUAAUAGUAUUAUAUCAAUAAAAGAAAAUGCUCAUACAUUAUCAAUAAAUACAAAAAAUAAUAAAAAAAAUGAUACAUUAAGAGAUGAAGAUAAAAAAAGUUGGUACAUUACUACAGUUAAAAAAACACCUAGACCUGCUUUUAAUGUUCCUGGGUCACUUAGUAUUGAUAUAAAAUUAUAUGAAAAUGAUAUAUAA